AUGGCGCCCCGAACGAACGCAUGUCAUUGCAUCCAACGUCUCAAAGAAGCGACAUAUCACCACCGAGAUGAUCUACACAUAUAUACUCCCUACUGGGGCUCUAGUCGCCACAAUUCGACUCCGAGGCUUCGUCGAGACCUAUACGCGACCCACCGGACCUUGAAUUCGUCGCAAAGCUCGGUCACGACGAGCAUACCCGUGUCUAGAGACCAAUUGGACUGGAAUCGGCGCAGGAGACAUGCGAUCUGGGCCCGAAAAUCUCUGCCCCUUCCUCACGGUGCUCGGAGUUUCUUCAACACACGUUCAUUGAGGUCCAAUGCCACCGAAGAUUCCGGGGAAGACUUGCAAGUCGAGUCUGGCGAUGCAGAUGUUUCAAUUAGUGAUAGCACAGUCUCUGCAAAUGACAAUGAUAUCGACAAAUUUGAAACAAGUUUAUCGCCGGCAGCGAGAAAGGAUAUCAAGACCUUCAGACAUCUUUGGAACCGCAAAAUCAUCCGCCUAUCCAGGGACCUCAAGUUGUUCAAAGACAAGGGUAAUUCGAAAUUCAAAUUGAAAUUGCGCAUACCCAAUGGUUUGAACAAUGCAGAGGAAACGAAGCUGCGAGUUCGGGGCGAAAUCGAAACCACUAGCACGGAAGAAUUGAAAGCAACCGCCUUUUUGAGCAUGAUUGCAAAAUUAAAGGGAGAGGGAUUGUGGGACUCUUUAGUUUCCGAAGGAGAUGCAGUCCCUUCUACUGAUCAACAGCCCUCGCCUGCGGCUAUAGAGCCUUCACGCCCUACUGAUGAGACUUCUGCCACUCACGAGCCCCCUCCAGCUGAAGAGGCUAUUGCUGAAGAGCUUGCCUCCGUCUCAGAUGAGCUAGGCAAGGAUGAUCUCCAAAUUUUGAACAGUCUGGAGCAGAGGAAGUGCCUCCAGCUGGACUUGGAAUUUUCGGGCGAUCAAUUAGCGGGCAUGACCUGUUUUGUGGUAUGCUCGAUACAUAGUCUCAAGCGGGACCUGCAGGCUGUUGGUCAUGGGAUGUCGAAGGUAAAGUCUAACCGAUAUUGGCUUUUCUCGGAACUUCAUGUACUAACGAGCAACGACCAACAGCGAGAUGCAAAGCAUGAUGCUAUCCAAGGUUUAAUUUCAAACCUAAAAGAAACCGGCAUUUGGGAGCAACUCUCACAGCAAGAUCACACCAAACUCACUGUGAAUGAUGAUUUGCUUUACAUAAUGCGCUUUGGAACGCAGAGCUUGAUUAAGGCCAGUGAUAAUCUCCGGUCUUUCAUGACAAUCAGGGAGAAGCAACAUCGACGAUCGCAAAAAGAUACAGAUGCACAAAGUGUGUAUAGGACGAAGAGAUCCGAGGAACUCGCCAAAGCUCUCCGCAAGUUUCGCGAGUCCAAGGAUCCCAAGGUGAGGGCUAUUCGGUCCGCAACAAGCAGUCUACCCGUGAACGAACACAAGGAGAGGGUCCUAGACCUUAUUCAGAACAACACGUAUAGCAUCAUUGUUGCGGAGACUGGGUCUGGAAAAUCGACUCAAGUUCCUCAGAUGAUUCUCAAUGACGCCAUCGAGGGGAGCGCUGGAGGUUAUUGCAAUGUGCUUUGCAUUCAGCCACGACGUAUCGCAGCCCGUUUGCUGGCUCAGCGGGUCGCCAAUGAAAGACUUGAAAGUAUUGGCAAUACUGUUGGUUACAUGAUUCGAUUUGGAAUCAAGCGGCCAGCCAAAGGUGGUAGUAUCACGUACUGCACCACCGGUCUCGCUUUGAACCUCUUGCAAGAUAACCCUAACUUACUCAACUCAUUCUCCCACAUCAUUCUUGAUGAAGUUCAUGUUCGCGACAUUGACAUCGAUUUUGUGAUGCUGCUAUUGAAAAAACACAUCGACAACUGCCGAGCAGCGGGAACCCCCACACCCAAGAUUGUGGUGAUGAGUGCAACGGUCGAUGUGGAUCUUUUCGCCUCCUACUUCCAGAAUAUGGGACACGAUGGAGGACUGUUGCCUGCUCCACAUGUUUCUAUACCCGGUCGUCAAUUCCACGUGAAAUCACAUUAUCUGGAUGAGAUUCUCGAUGAUAUCACCGACACACUUCAGAAGGAUGUUCUUACGUGGUGUUUGAAAGAGCCGUCGACAAUCAAGUUCCUGCAACAUCACUACCGUAACUACGCUGCAGAAGAUCCCGUCGAUGAGGAACCUACUGAUGAGGAUCCUGUCGAUGAGACCAACGAUGAGUUUAACGAUGAUUUGGAUACGCCUUUACCUACGGCAGAAACAGACUCGACAAUCUCUUUGUCACGUCCCGCUACCAUGAAGCGAGUAGACGAUGCCCCUUUUGUUCCAUCUGGGCUGAUUGCUGCCAUCACACACCAUCUCCUGAGCACGACGGACACAGGUUCCGUCUUGGUUUUCCUGCCUGGGCUCAGCCAAAUUAUUGCCGCUGAAUCUCAGAUCAUCCAAGCAGCAGAAAUGCUGAAACUGGACUUUUCGAAUGAAGACAAAUUUAGAGUCUUGAAGUUGCAUAGCAGUCUCCCCGAGGAAUUGGCUAAAUUGGAUCAAGAAAUUCCUGAAGGUUGCCGGAGAAUUCUGCUCGCAACUGAUAUCGCAGAGGCAUCCCUCACAAUCCCCGACGUGAGAUAUGUCAUUGACUCGGGGAAGGUGAAUCAACUGAUGUACGACCCUCGGACUCGAUCUCACCAGAUGACUUGCUGCUGGGCAAGCCAGUCAAGCACCGUCCAACGAGCUGGACGGGCAGGUAGAGUCCAAGAUGGAGAAUACUUCUUUCUCGGAAACAAGGAAUGCUUCGACUCCCUACGUAUCACCAAGUCUCCCGAAAUUCUUCGGAGUGACCUUCAAUCUGUUUGCCUGCGAGCGAAAUUGUCCGAUCCCGCUACACCUAUCAAUGAGUUCCUCCAACAAGCCAUCGAGUCUCCAGAAGCUACCGACAUUGAUAUGGCUAUCGAUUCUUUGAAACAAUUGCAAGCGCUGGACAACAAGGAGGGUCUCACCAAUUUAGGCUCUUUAGUCAGUCACAUGCCUAUACUACCGCCACACUUUGCCAAGCUGGUCGUUCUGGGCGCCAUUUUCCAGUGUCUGGACCCCCUCCUAAUAGUGGCAACACUGGGAGAAGAAACAAACUUUUUCUACCGGGGCAGUGACGAUAAGCAACGCCAAAAGACAUGGGCCGAUCAAGUUGCGUUUGCAGGUCAAACUUCCAGCGAUCAUUUCAGCACAAUCAAUGCUUUCAAAGCAGUUCGCUCAGUCUGGAACGAGUCUGGCUGGCGAGCCGGUCAAAAAUUCGCAUUCUCGAAGAAUGUCUAUGUCCCAGUCUAUCGAGAGGCGUUCCUCACGGCCAAUCAGAUCCUGCGUCAGUUAGAACAAGCACAAAUCAUUAGCAAAUGGCUAUCGACUGACAAAGAUCCCGAGAAUCGAUUUGGCGGGCCCAAACUGAAUGUCAACUCGAAUCAUGUCCCACUCAUCAAAGCGUUGUUGCUUCAUUGUCUAUACCCUCGACUCGCUGCACCGAAACCAGACAAUAAUACCACAUUUCUCACUCAGACUGAGAAGAAGGCAGUGCUGCACGCAGGGAGCAUGACGAAGAAUGGUAAACAGCCGCCACGAGCUCUGCUCGUUUUCAAUCAGAAGUUCCUGUGGGGAUCGCCGCCUGGUAUCACCGGAUUGAAAGAGGCUUCUAUCGUGACUCCACUUGCAGCAUGUCUUUUCGGUGGUAAAUUGGCAGUUCAACGCUCUUCUAUCGUCAUGGAUUCGUGGAUGCGGACUGGAGUGGAAGUGUUUGACAGUCCAGCCACGCCGAAUGAAGUGAUCAAGGAUGUGGUAGAGUUGAACAACGUUCUUAACGAGGCCUUGACCACGACAUUCGAUUCCUACCCAAGCGAUUUUCGAAUGCUGCAAAUAAAGAAGAAAAAGGGAAAUUUCUUCUCAACUCGUAACCAAUUCGUGGCAACGUUGCAGCAGACCAUCAAAGAUAUCCUGGACCGGGACUGUAAUCCGGCGAGAACAUCUGCGCCUGCUGCAUGGAAUGAGCAUGACGUUAGUAGAUACUCAGGUCGAGGGUGAAACGUCUACCAUGUACAAUAGAUUCUCUACUUCUACGUAGAAUCCAAAUGAAA